UUUAUAUCGGACCAAACAGGUGGCGACGGUCGCUUCGCCCUGGCUGGGCUACGCCCCUGGACCCCAGCGCGUCCCCGCCCCUCUUGUCUCUCGACCACCAUGAGCCGCCCCUCGCGAUCAAGCAUGGGCCCGCCACAAAACAUGCCCCCGCCCCAGGACAUCGUCAUGGGCCCGCCACCCCUCCCUCCGCAAGCCUCACAACCGAGGGACAACAUCCCCAAGAACAGUUCCGAGUCGGACGUCGUCGAAAAAUACUCCAAACUCGUGCGCAAGUACAAAGAACUUGAGGAGAAAUACAAUGAAGCUCAGUUCCAGCUGCAAAGGUCCGGCGAACGCAACCUCAAAUGGCGAGCAGAACGCGCUCUGCUGCUCGACCGCGUCACCGAGCUCGAGACCAACCCCCAGGUCAACCCUGGCGCACCCAUACCUGGACCCCCUUUCACCGCCUUUCCGCGCUCCCUGCUGUCAGUGAACAGCCAGAAAGUCUUCGUCGGCAACCUGCGACAGGCCAUUGACGAGGUGGACCAGGAAGACCCCAACAUUGACCCCAUGGUCCUCUCGCGCCACAUCGGGCCCGACGCGCGCAAGCGCCAGGAGGAGCAGCGCAGGCAACUCGAAGAGGAGGAGGCGCGAGAGGCACGGCGGCAGGCGAGGCGGCCACGAACGACGCAGAAAGGGAAAGAGAUGAGUGUUCCAGUGCAGCAGUACGCGCCACCCCAUCCAUCGGCGCAGGGCCAGGGAAACGGGGUACCGCCCGUGCUUGUCUCGAGCUCGGGCACCAGAUUGAGGCUGAAGCCACCAGCGCCGCCCUCGGGGGAGGCGAGUCCUCCACCGGGGUCGUCGAUGCAACCCCCACUGCCACACGGCCUCGUGCAGGGCCACCGCUCUGAGUCGCCAGGCUCCCCAAUGAUGUCUCCGCAUGACGAGUAUCCUCCCCCUGUGCCGGGUGCGGCGUAUCCCCCAUCCUUUCAGUCCGCAGGGCCUGACGUCGUAGGAAACGCGCCCCCAAUUCAAAGUCAAAUGCAGAUGACGCUGCGUACGUCUUCGUCAGGCGCCCUCUCCGCGUCACGCCCGACGGAUGUCCAGCGGGCGGGAAAGCCGAAGCGCCUCAAAGCGCAUACAGUGCAGAGCAAGAGCUUCAGCAUACCCAUGGUGCCGCGAGACAAGAAGGGUCGGCCGCUCCUCCCCCUCGUCGUCGGCAUCAUGACCGUCAUCAACCUCGGCGAGGUGUGCAUGCGCGAGCACUUCCACACGGAGCGAUAUAUCUUCCCCAUUCACUACGAGGUGACCAGGCGCUACUUGUCGACGAUCAACCCGGACGCGGAGGCCAUCUACCAUUGUCAAAUCCUCGACGGGGGUGAUGGGCCGAAGUUCCAGAUUGUCCCGCAGGACGACCCAAAUCACAAAAUCGUCGCGGGUACCGCUACCGGCGCGUGGGCGAGCAUCGUACGCGAGGCCAACCGCAUCCGGAACCGACAGCACUCAAACUCCGUCUCUGGCCCGGACUUCUUUGGGCUUGGCCAGAAUACUAUCAAACACCUCAUUCAGGAGCUGCCCAAUGCACAUCAACUGAAGGACUAUGUCUGGCAAAACUUCGUCGAGGGCGGACCUCUUGGCGGCCGUCAUGCUGCAGUGAUUCCUGCCCUCCUUGAAGAUCACGAACAGGCUGAAGGUGGUCGACCAGAAGGCGGCUCGUACUACGGUAAGGAGGAGCACAGGGAGCUGCAAAUCAUCCAGGUCGAGGGAGAAGAUACGAGGGCCCAGCAAUACCUCGCUCCGCCUUCGAUGAAGCCGAUCCAGUUUCACCAAGAAUAUCAAGAGUAUGUUCCUCCUCCACAAAUUCGGGAGGGUCCGCCGCAACGCGGACGGCGGAGCUCGCGUGCAAGCAACCCUGCGUACGAAGAUUAUGCUCCUGCUGGCACCAACGCUGUUCGAGGCGAGUCUCCGUCGAGCACGCGAAUGUCACACUCGCCAGUGAUGCAUCGGGAGCGGGAGAAUAGGGAACGGUAUUCGCCACAACCACAGAUGUCUUCUCAUCAUACACGGUCACAAUCCCACUCCUCUCCUCACGCACAUCAGCACUCGCCAUAUCAUUCUGCCACGUCCAAUGGCGAUUCUGUGCGGCACUACCCUAUUAGGUCUGGAGCCUCGCCACCACCGGUACCUGCUACGUUCGCCAGCAUAAUGCAUGCAUACCCCGCUCCCCCGAUCGCGACCAACGGUGCUACACCUAUCAUGCAAGAAGAAUACGCAUACACGAACGGGUCUAAUGGUCGGAGAAAUGGACACGCGAACGUGCAGUCAUUCCCGUCCGGGUAGUCGAGCGGCCUCAGGGCCUGGGCCCAGGACACGCGCUCCGACGUCGCGUGUCCCUAUAUAUGUCGGCGCCCUCGUGCGGCGGUAGUUGUGGAGGGGCAGAGGGUUCGGGUGCUGUAUGUC